AUGGAGCCCGAUCUGUGGCAGCCGCCACCACGCCCUACCCAUGACCAGGAUCUUCGGGGUGACCCCGACGCCCUCACGUAUCGCAGGCUGUGCGACCAGCUGUUCAAGUGGUGGCGAACAGACGCGCUCAACUCCAUACCACCAGAGCUUCGAAAGAAAACGCAAUUUUCUCUCCAGCUGCUGAGGCAGGUCACACAAUUGGCUGGUCUCAUCCGAAAUGAUGCGGCCCGGGGUCGCGAUCUCCUCAAGCUGCAAUGGCAGCUUCGGCAAGGGAACUCAAACGCUGAAUCAAGCACUGAGCAGUGGGUGACAACUCGUCGUGAGUAUCGUAAGAAGAAGCAAGACAUCGUCGAAGAGAACAGAGAGAACCAGAUGGGACUCAUGAUCGAGGAUGUGCGGGAUGCAAUCGACCAGGUGAGGGAUCUGACAAAAAGCUUGUGCAAAGAAGCUGGAGACCAGAACCUCGCCACGAAGCAAGACAGAAAAGACGCGAGGAAGCGAAGGACUCGAGAAGCAGUUUCUGGCGCACUGCGGCUAUCUCGCGAGCUGCGCGACAGUGGAGAAAACCAAGGCCUUGCAGAAGCCGACAGCGCCUUGGUCGGUUUUGGUCUGGGCACAGGAGGUUCGAAGGAAAAGAAGGUACGUCGGAAGGCCAAGGUGGCGAAGCGAAUUGCCAACAAGAGGGAAGAGCACAUGAAGCUUCCACUUGACCGUGUCCAGUUCGGCACCUUGCCUGCCCGAAGCACUGCUGAGGUCGACAGCGAGAGGAUGACGAGCAGCAUGGCUGGCCUUUCACACGCUGGACCUGACACUCGUGCUUUCGAGUUUCGCACGAAUCAGUUGGAGGACAUGGACGAGGACGAGGAUGAUGAGAGCGAGGACGAUGGAGAUUAG